AUGCUGAAACACACGCGGGCGAGCCGAUACGCCGGGGCCGACAGGAGCAAUGGCGGCGGUGGCUUCGGCGGAGAGCAGCAACCCCGGUGGCGCCGGCGAUGGCCACGGUUCAAGCCUUCCCGCAAGAUCAUGAACACCGCAACUUUGCGGGAGCUCGGCGAGCUCGCGGCGGCGGAGGUGGCGACGUGGAACCCUAAGGAGUUGGCGGCGGCAGCACGACGGGCCGUGACGCUGUGGCGUUGCGAGCAGCCGCGGGCCGCCGCUGCCAUUCGCAUUAUGCAGCGACUGCGGCUACUGCCGUCACCGUCAUCGCCACAAGUUCUGUUCCAAUCUCCUCCUGACCGUGGUGGGUCCGAUAGGGGCUCUGAGGACAGGCGUAGCGGUAGCACAGGAGAUGCUUCUGGAAGCGGACGGGAGCUGGAGACGCGCUUACUGGCUGACGCUGGUGGCAAGGGGCGAAAGGAAACAUUCCCGAGGUCCCGUGGGAUCGGUCGUGCAGCCAUACAGUUUCCGGCGGCGCCGCCGAGGAACGUGACGGCUGCUGCGCCUGUGCGGCGGAGGGUGGUGACGGGAGGCGCCUACAACUACGCUGUGGUCGUGGAAGUAAGAGGAGGGGAGAGGGGUGCAACGCCCAGCCGAAGCCCCUCCGGCCCCACCAGCUCCAACUGGCUCAACUGGUGGAGAGGCUGGUCAGGGCAGCUAAUGGCCGCUGCCAGAGGUGGUUUCGGAUCCCGGGAGCUGUCCAGCUUCAUCUGGAGCCUCGUGGCGCUGGGAUACUGGCAGCCGCCGCUGGUGCCCCUGGUGUCGGCGUUUGCGGACUACGGAGCGGAGCGGCUGCGAUCUCAGCCCAACCCCAUCGCCACUGCCAUGCUGCUCCAGGUUCUGGCCAAGGCGCGGGCGGCCGCUGCUUCAGGGCAGGACACUGCCGCCAAGCUGUUGGAGCUGGCGCCCGCCACCACGGUCGAUACUGGCUUCACCGACGAGCUCAAGGAGAAGCCCCAGACCCCUAAGGUCCGUGCCCAUAUGCGGGAGAUGAUCAAGAGCCGGAAGUCCAAGACCGUCAAGGUCUAAGUACGCAAAGUAAACGCGUAGCCAUUUGCAAAUGGCGAUAGGUGGUGAGGAAGGUGCUGCGAGGAUCGACCCACCGAGUAGUCGGACACUGGUCACCUCUGGCCGUGUGACGGCACCGGCACUGGCGGAGCGGCACUGGCGUCGAGGGCGCGUUGCCCCCCAUGCAUGAUGUGCUGUGCUAGCUAGCCGUCACCUCCGUCAUUGCCGCGUGUCUUCACUCCCGUGAGCAUCUCUGCCACUUGCUGCUGCAACGGGCUUCGCUUUUCUGUGGGAUGCUUGGGGUUCGAAAUUGUAGGAAGCGUUGUUGAGCAGCCGACGGGCGAGCGUAGUCUUACCUGUUGCCUCUUGCUGCCUCUCCUUCGACCCUGACUGGUUUGGGGACGGCGGAAAGAAGAAGCGGACGGCAAUGACGUUCAUGCAUGUCCGGUGGUGUACGGCGCGGUGGGUGACUGAGCGGGUGGGCGUGUGGAGCCCACGAAUUCCCCUCUGUCAGUGUCGAGGGGCCGUGGGGGAGGGGUAUGGCGGCGGCAGAGUCUGCAUCCUCAUCUGCGCUCUGCCAUUGCGAGCCCCCUUGUCCUUGAGAGAGAGAGAAGUCCGCCUUUCCACGUCCGGGGCGCACUAUUGAGGCGGGGGGGGCGGGGGCCUUACUGCGCUUUCAAAUGCGGCCAUGGGUCGGUGCCUGUCUUAGGGAAGCAGCAACCCACCUGGCGGCACAAGUGCGUGCUGGCCGUACACCCACUCUGCAUGCGGGUGGACGUACGGCCACUAUACAUAGCGGCGCUCCUUGCUGGGCUGACUGGCUGUACUGCUACUGUGGGGGAAUGAGGAUAAAAGGGACGAAGAAAGUCGUGGAGCUGCUGCACUGGCUAGGUUAGGGCGGGAGUGCGCCUCGGUCUGCCGCCGAUUUUGGUCACCGUCUCAGGGGCAGUCGAUGGUUCCUUUCGCACGCGUGUGCGAAUGCAUGAAUGUGUCUGUGUGUUGUCGCGUGUGAUGUGUGU